AUGGCGCGGCUUUUGUGCCUGCUUCUGGUGUCCAGGGUUUGGGCGAUGAAAUGCCCGGGAUCUGCGUCCUUUAUCCACGCGUCAGCCAAGGUGGUGGCCAUUGCCGAUGCCUCCUGCCAUGACGUGCACGAGGAGGUGCUGGCACGAGUGAAGUCGCCAACAUGGCACGACCCACACAAUGGAGGAACCUACACGAUCCUCUCGGAAUCCUCCUCAGAGAUUGAGCUGAAACGGCUGACGGGCAACAAGAAAUAUACGGACAAAAUGAUCUUGACCCUCGCGGCGGUCGAGGGCAAAUGUAUGAUUAUGGGCUGCUCUGAGUCGCAGGUGUUCUCCAUCGCGGAUGGAUCCACCAACUAUUGCAACCUGCGGAAUCUUUACUGUGGCUCUGCCGAGGGCUGUAGACCUGUGAAGAAGGACUUUACCAGCGAAGAAGCAGAGGUGAACCCGUCCUUGGGAGCGGGUUCUGAUGCCAAAGUGCCUUGGUCCUGCUGA